ACGAAAGGACGCCGUUUCUAACGUCUCGUAAAUAAGAAUUUCGGCUCACGGUGUUUACAGUUUUUGCCUUAAAACUAUGUGUUUUACAUUACAAUUGUGUGCUUACAACUAAAAAUGUUUAUUAAUAACAAAUUUUGACGAUAUUUUACCAAGUUUUCAGUGAGGAAAGUGCAAAAAUGCUUGCUCUUCAAGCUUCACUGAUACUGACUUUAGUGCUUUUGUCCGGUUUUGAUUACGCCAUCGGAUCUGAAGCCGUCGAACACCAUUUGGCUCAUAAAGUGCGUUCACACAAAGGUGGAAGGCGACAUCGCGCUGCCAACUAUGGCAAGCUGCGCUUCGAACCGGAGCCCUACAGCAAGAAGAUGGAACUGAACAGCACUGGCAAGAUACAUUGCAAAGUCGCCGGCGGUGACGCGCCUGCGGUGCAAUGGUACUUGAACGAAAACGACCCGUUACCAGAAGGUCUGACCUCGUCCAACGGCACACUGCUCGUGACCUCGGCGUCUCGUGACCACGCUGGAAAGUACACGUGUCGAGCGGUCGAUGGCAACCACACCAUCACGGCUGAAAUCAGCCUGGAUAUAGUUGUGUCCCCCCGCAUCAUAGAGCCGCCGCCCAACGCGCAAGUUUCCGCUACGGCCGGCGCCACUGUGACGCUGCACUGCGUGGCGGCGGGCGAGCCGCGCCCCACCACCGCCUGGGACCGGAACCGGACGCAACUCGCGCGCACGCCCGGUGUUGAAGUUGAAAGCAGUACAAAUUCGUCCUCAGCCAGGAUAGUGAUCCUGAACAACGGGUCGCUGGUGAUACGCAACGCGUCCGCCGCGGACUCGGACCGGUACGGCUGCCUGGCGGGCAGCGCGGCCGGCCUGGCCCGGAACGAACUGCAGCUCACUGUACACGAAGAAGGCUACAUGCCGCCGUCUGAGAGUGUGGGGGUAGGCAGCAAGGCGGUGGUGGUGUCCAUAUCUGUGGCGGCUGCCUACAUGCUGUUAGUUGCUGCUCUCAUGCUGUACUGUAGAAGGAGAAGACUGAGAAGAAGACAGAGAGGCGAAAAAAUGGAGCUGGAAAUGGCUGAAGGCAGGGAGAAGUUGGUGGAGGAAGCUGGUGAUGAUGAGAAACAGAAAGUCGGCAAUGGGACCGCGCAGAAUGGGAGAUUGUUACAUCCGGACAAAGAUAGCGACGCGGUGAACUCGGAAGUGUCGGCGGUGUCUCGCGCGUCGAAAAAGUCCGGCCAAUACGAACAUCUGACGCUGCCCCGGAGUCUUCUCUCCGAACAGAUUACGUUAGGUCGAGGCGAGUUCGGCGAAGUACUGCUGGCCAAAAUUGAUAUGCAGCAAGUGAAAAAACUAAAGAACAAGGACUUGUCAGAUGGAGAACCUGAGGUCAGACACGUGCUGGUCAAAACUCUCACCACUAAAGACGAGAACCAACUGGCCGAGUUCCGCCGCCAACUGGACAUGUUGAGUCGUGUACGACACGACAAUGUCGUCCGACUCAUCGGUCUGUGCAACGAGAUGGAUCCGCAUCAUAUGCUGCUGGAGCAUACUGAUUGGGGCGACUUGAAAACUUUUUUGAUCUCGACUCGGACCCAAGAAGAACACGCCCGCUAUUUGUCUAUAGCGGGUCCUGCCCACCCCGCCUACCCGCGGCCGGCGCAUAGCGUGCCGUUAUCUGAAGGUCACGCGGUCGCUAUAGCCGCUCAGUUAGCGGCCGCGGGGGGGAAAAUAGCCAGCAAGAGGGGGACUCAUAGGGACAUUGCAGCCCGCAAUUGCCUCAUCACAUCAUCGCUUCAGCUCAAACUGUCAUUCCCCGCGCUCACUAGGGGGCCCAAUUCGCACGAAUAUUAUAAACAUCAUGAUCAGGUGAUACCGCUACGUUGGUUACCGUCCGAAGCAGUUUUAGAAGGAGAUUAUUCUACAAAAUCUGAUGUUUAUAUGUUCGCAGCUACAGUAUGGGAGAUCUACACAAAAGCAGAACUGCCAUUCACAAAAUUGAACGACAAUUCUGUGUUGGAGCGACUCAAGAACGGGAAUCUGGAAUGGACCGUGCCGGCGACUGUGCCGGAGUCGUUGGCUGCUUUACUUAAACGCUGUUGGAGCAAAUCGCCAGCCGACCGUCCCCAAUUCAAGGAGAUUUGCGAGACCAUGGUCACCGUGGUCAAAGAGGUCACGGCCGCCAACGAGGUCACAGACAGUAACGACAGCGGUGACGCUCUGAAUGUGGAGAAUGCUUUGGAUUGAAAGUGUAAUGUAUGUGUAUAAGAUUAAAAAAUGAGAAAUUUUGUUGAGAAACCGAUGUAUUUAAUAAUUGUGUUAGUUUAAAAUAGUAGUUGACAUUUUUAAAAGGUCACAAAGCCAGUAACGAUUUUGACUUCUAAAAUAUCAAAAACCAAUGGAUUGAUGACCCUUGGUAUUAGAUUUACUUAAAUUUAUUUGUAUAAUUAUAAUUGUAGCGGUAAUAAGCUUGUCUGCGACACCGGAGGUCACGUGUUCAAAUCCCGGGCAGGGCAUGAUGAGAAACGAACUUACUUUGAUUGGCCUGGGUCUUGGAUGUUUAUCUAUAUAAGUAUUUAUUAUAAAAUAUAGUAUCGUUGAGUUAGUAUCUCGUAACACAAAUCUCGAACUUACUUCGAGGCCAACUCAAUCUGUGUAAUUUGUUUUUUUUUUUUCAAUUUCGUGUCAGAAUAAAAGCUACGUUUUGUUUCUACUUAAAUUUCAACAAAAUAAGUCGUCUAAUUAAUUGAACAAUUUUCUAAAUAAACAUUUUAAUUAUUAUUGAUAUUGCUGUGUUGUUUGUGAUAAGCUGAUGUGUGAAAGAAGCCGUGUGCAUCUAUUGUAUUUAGAUAGUUGUUCAAUUAAUUUCAAUAGUAAUUAGUUAAACUGGUCAAGAGCGUGUCGGGUCAAGCGUAAUAUAGGGAAAUGCGACAGAUUUAGUCUUUUGUAUGAGAAAUUGAAACUUUAUGAAGCUUUAAUUAUGUAUAAACUAGCGACCCGCCCCGGCUUCGCACGGGUGCAAAAUUCGGAAAAAAUUAUACAUAAAAACCUUCCUCUUGAAUCACUCUACCUGUUACAAAAAAACGCAUCAAAAUCCGUUGCGUAAUUUUAAAGAUUUAAGCAUACAGACAAACAGACUAAAAUAGCGACUUUGUUUUAUACUAUGUAGUUAUAUCACAGUUAAAAAGGGUACUCAUUACGUAGGUAAUAUGAGGAAGAGUAACAGGAAGUUUUCAUCAUCAAUUGUUACUUCUUCCUCCUGGCUUCAGUCCCGGUCGCAU